CUCCGUUUUCUGUUCGCCUUUUUCUAAAUCCGAUCCUCGACUAACAGAUUUGCAGUUGUGGGACUCUUUUGACGACCGAGAUGAGUGGACAAAGGACCCGACCUUGCGUGUGAGUGGAGUGCGUAUUGUUUCUUGUGAUUUCUUCUGUUCGCGCAAACUGCUUUUUUUCCCUUCAACAGAGGCAAUGCGCCCACCCAUGCGAUGCUAGCCUAUUAGCUGGAGAGAGAGAGAGAGAGAGAGAGAGAGAGAGAGAGAGUGAGGGAAGCAAGGCAGAGAGAGUGGGAGAGAGAGAUAGCCGUUUAGAGCUAGGUUCGAGGAGAGGCUAAUUUACGAGUCCUUUUUUUGCCUUUCAGGAAAAGAGGAGAUAAGAGGGGGGUGGUUGGUUGAGGAGAAUGGAGAAUGCAGCAAACACAUUUUUAAGCAUGCAGAAGCGGGCCGUUUCCGGUUCUUAGGCUGGUGUGUCCCUCCAUCCGAGGCCAGCAGCCGUAUGGGGAAAGCAGCGGCAGACACAGAUGGCAUGGACACUUCCACAAGGUCUGCCGCCCUGCCCUGCCUGCUCUGCCGGAGCCCGUUCGCCGCCGUCUCUCUCUUCCAGCUCGCUCCGCCGCCCAGCAGCACUGCAGCACAGCACAGGCUGACGGCAUGAGGCUUGAUCCAGUGCAUUUCUCCAUGCUGGUCAUCGGGGUCUCCUUCGCCUGUUACGCCCCGAGUCUCAACUCCCUCCAGGACCAGGCGUACCGAUCAGCCGUGGUCAUCGAGGGCGAGGUGCGCUCCUCCACGGAGAACGUCUCCUCCCGGGAGCCCUACAGUGUGAAUGUCAAAGUGCUGGACGUGUGGCCCGUCAACAGCGGCGGCCUUGAGAGGGAGCAGCUCGUGACCGUCGGGGACUUCGGCUCCGAGGCCCCCUGCACCACGGUGGAGAAGGACCAUAGAUAUAUCUUUUUCAUGGACCCGACUGCUGAGCCCUUGGUAUUUAAAGCAUCUUACGCCCCUGUUGACGCCAGUGAGCCGGAGCUGAAGAAGGAUGUAGAGAGAGUGCUGUGCGAGGACUGCGCCUCUGCCCCUAAGCUCCGGCUGAUGCGAGGCCAGUCUCUGAUGGAAGGGGACAAGCUGUACUUGAAGUGCGAGUCAUCUGGGAACCCCAGCCCUUCUUUUCGCUGGUACAAAGACGGACACGAGCUUCAAAAAGGCAGAGAUCUUAAAAUUAAGACCAAUAAAAAAAACUCAAAGGUGCAGAUCGGUCGCGUCCGUCAAGAAGACUCUGGCAACUACACCUGCGUGGCUGAAAACUCAUUAGGACAAGAAAACACCACUAGUAUAAUCAGUGUACAGAUCUUGACCACAACCAGCCCGUCGCCAGGUGUGAGUCAUGCAAGGCGCUGCAACGACUCAGAGAAGGCUUACUGUGUGAACGGAGGAGACUGUUACUUCAUACAUGGUAUUAACCAGCUGUCCUGCAAGUGUCCCAAUGACUAUUCGGGGGACCGCUGUCAAAACUCCGUAAUGGCCGGUUUCUACAAGCUUCUCAGAAUUGAAUUUAUGGAGGCUGAGGAGCUCUACCAAAAACGUGUGCUGACGAUCACUGGCAUCUGUGUGGCGUUACUGGUGGUCGGCAUUGUUUGUGUGGUGGCCUACUGCAAAACUAAGAAGAAGAGGAAGAAGAUGCACAGUCACCCACACCAGAACCAGAAUCAGUGUGUGGAGCAGCCCAACCGCAUUCUGGCCAAUGGACCUAACCACCCUGGACCUGGUCCUGAGGAGAUUCCGAUGGGCGACUACAUUUCCAAGAGCAUCCCAACAACAGAGUGUGUGAUCAGCCAUGGAGCUGAGGGUGCGGGCAACUACGCAGGGAGCCGAAUGUCAACCCGCUCCCAUCACUCCACCACUGCCUCACAUGCUUCAAGACAUGAGGAGCAGACGUGGAGCAUAGAGCGAACAGAAAGUAUGAACUCAGACUGCCAGUCAGGGGGGCUGUCAAGCUCAGUGGGAACCAGUAAAUGCAGCAGCCCGGCAUGCAUGGCAAGGAGAGCUGCCCACUGGGGCUGUGCGGACAUAUCCGGACCAGGGAUGCAGUACGGGGAUUCCUACGAUUCUCUAAGAGACUCGCCUCACAGUGACAGGUAUGUGUCAGCGCUGACUACGCCAGCUCGCCUGUCUCCUGUGGAGUUCCAUUACCCCCCGUUGCCGCCCCAGGUUCCCACCUUUCAGAUCACCUCGCCCAACACAGGCCACGCCCUCUCCCUGCCUCCUGCCGCUGCCGCCUACAGCAGAGAGGACGACCAGCCACUACUACGUUGCCCUGAUGAUAGCAGUCUAUACAGGCAGCCGCGGCGUCCCCGGCGACCGUACCUAGCAGAGAGCACAGGAAGUCUACCAUCCAGCCCUUACCGUCUCCCUGACGACGAGGCCUACGAGACCACCCAAGAGUAUGCCUCUUCACGGGAACCCAUACGGAGCCGGCGCCGCCCACGACGCAACCGACUCAAUGGACACAUCUCCCAGCGCUCGGCAGGCCUAAGGGACUGCAGCUCACAGAGCAUUAGCCAGUCGGAGGAGGAGGAGGAGGAGGAGGAAGAGGAGGAGGAGGAGGAAGAGGACGCUCAUGGAGAGAGCACCCCUUUCCUAAGUAUGCAGAACAUGAACAUGGACCCGCCCCUAACGGUCCAGAGUUACCGCUCAUCAUCAGGUGCAGACACACGGACUCACCGCGCGCAGAGCCGGGCGGGAACACGCACCAACGGGCAAAGCCGAGGCUACCAGUCACAGCGCUCCAAGGCUGACAACGUUCCCCUUUAAGACUUAGCCUAUCCCUCACAGUCACCCAUUCUCUCCACCUCACACACUCCCCUUGCUCCUACACCAACCAGUGACUUGGGAUCUGCACCUAGGAGAAAUAUUUUUAUUUUGUAUAACAGACAGAUAUUCUAAACAAAUGAAAUAUUUAUUUUCAUUUCAGCAAAAAUUGUCUACUGGCUAACAGCAAAGAGUUUUUUUUAUAACGGGGGGGUAUUUAUAUGUAAAGUUUUUUGAUUUACAGCAUUGUAAGAGAUGAAAAUACAAGAGGAUUAUGUGCCAAUUUUUUCACAAGUUAGAUAAAUAGAAUAAUAUUGUGGUGCCUUUUGCUGUAUGCUGAAGUCGGAGGUCCCAUUGAGUUUUGUAGCCUUUCUUAUAAAGACUCCUUUUUUUAUAGAGACGAACCCUCUUCCUUCCUUUUGCUUUGUGUUUUUUUUUCACUUAUUUGGGAUCUUCCUCUUUUUUGAACUGUGAUCUGAUUAUGUCAUCAUGCAAUAUUAAUUUCUGUGUAAAUGUGUCUGUUUACAUGAGUAUCACCCAUGCAAUACCCUCCUUUUACUUGGACAUCGGUCGCCCAUGUGACCCGAUGUGUAGGGUAGUUUUGCUGAUUUCUGAAUGAUUCAAAUUGGUUAUUUAUUUCCUCAUUGCUGCCUCUCAGUCAUCUGUCGUAAUUCCUGAAAAAAAGAGUGUUACUGUUGUCAGGGGAAAGUGACUCCAAUUUCCUGUGUUGGUGUUCAGGGUGCUGCCAUGACAUUGGUGAUGGUUACAGUACGUAUGUCUGUAUUGUGUGUGUGUGUGCGUGUGCUUUCCGUGUGUGUGCGCGUGUAAGUGUGCUUGUGUGUGUGUGUGAGUGCGUGUGUGUGCACGUGGGUGUGUGUGCAUGCUUGUAUGCGCACACACAAACCUCAUUAAGCCUCAUUUGGUUUUCUCGUCUGUUUACCUUGGAGGGUAUGGUCUCUUGUUUGACUGACAUGCUCCUACCACCAAUCCUCACGCUGCCAGAAGCUCCAUUGCACUGUUAGAACCUCCCUCCAUGAGCAGUCAUUGGCCAGGGAGCUGCUGAUCCAAACAGAACAUAAUACCGUUGUAAUCCAGCCUGACUCUGGCCUCCUGUGGGCUGCCCAGCCCACUCGUUUCCUAUGCCAGCAGCUUAGAGCCGCACUGUCUCAGGACUUCCCCAUCACAUCACAGCCAAAAGACUUAAAGCAGUGAGCGCACAGUUCAGUCACAGUCGUGUCCACAGUCAGAUCCGCAACCCGGAACUCUCUCUUUUCCCUCAUUAUUUUGGGUUUGUUUCUGUUUUUUUCCAGUUGUGACCACGAUUAAGAGAGCAUGGGCAAAAACUCUUGGAAUCAGAGAGGAGAUUCUUUUUAUUUAUUUUUUUCUUCUCCACUUUAAAUAAUUGUAUGUAUGUGUUUUAUUGUUGUGUUGCUGUGUAUGAGUCACGAUGAUGAUGACCCUGAUAACAAUGAUGAUGAUGAUGAUGAUGAUGAUGAAGUGAUGAAGACCACAUCUGUUCAUUAUAUUAUCUGUUAUUUAUCAAUGUUAUCCUACUGAGCGCUUUACAGGCCCUUUUUAAGUGGUGGGUCCCUGGAAUCACAACCACCUCUGAGUGAACAAAAAAAAAAAUUCUUGUGAGUCACUAUGUGCAGCUUCACACUGCUACAUGAUACUGGUAUGAUAAUACUGAUUACUGCAUCCUUGAUUUGCAUUCCUAUACCUUUAUUGAUUGAAUUUCUGUUGCCUGUUCAUAUCGACUGAAUGAUCUGUUACGUGUCUGUUUCUGUUUGCCCCCUUCCACUUCACGUUACCACCCACCUCCAUGCCUUUCUCACUCCUUUAGAAGCAACAAGUAGACGAUCUUAGGCCCCAUUUCCUGACGAGUAUAGUGAACGGCAUAUUGACAGUGAGCUGAUCAUGUUAGAAACUCUUCCACUUCAGAUAUACAUCAGGUUUAGAAACCUCUCGAGCUCAAUGGAAAAACUGAAACUAGGUCAGAUACAAUGUGUAUCUCUAUUAGAGUUAAUUUUAAAAUGAGCAGAGUUUGUUGUUUUUCACACAGAAGAUGCAUGGGUCACUGAUAUAAAGUAUCGUAACAAUGGCAAAUCAACUACAUUUAUUUAAAAGAAAAUGUGUUUUUGGGCCAAAUGGUCUGGCUAGUUUUGUCUUAAUAUCACUGUAAUCAAUCUGGGGUUUGCAAUGUGGAAAUCCUGCAAGUGAGGGUAGUGUGCUUUUAGUGCUAGUUGAAUUAAUAAUACCUUGCCCUCUUUCUCCUAACCCUACAUGCACACAUACAGUAAACAUGGAACACAUAAAGCACACCAAAUGACACACACACACACACACACACACACACACACACACACACACACACACACACACACACACACACACACAGCCCGACCAUGUUUGUGUUUGUCACAGUUUGCCUUUGUCCUUUUCACCGACCAACUUUCUUAAUUUCCCCUCCUUCCUCGUCCCCCUUUCUUAUCCCUCCCUCCCUACCUACCUCCCCCUGCCCCCCCCCCCCCCCCCCCCUGCAUGUCCUAGUGGUACUGGUAGUUGGGUGCAUGGAUAAAGCAGCAAGCAAAUUGUUUUUCCAAUCAGUGAAAAAAAAAAGUGUCUUCAUUUUAACAUCCAGCAAUAAAUCCCCUUCUCUUCAUGCCCAUCAUUUUUGGAAUAUGCUAGAGGAUUUUUGCAAGUUUUAUCAAAGACAUACUACUUGUUAAAGAAGAAAAAUCCAAAUCCACUUCUUCAUAUGAAAAAUAAAACUUUAUUCCUACCA